AUUCUUGGCGUAACGAUGUCUUUCAUAAUCGAUGAAAAUCCUCACUUUGAUUUCUUACUUUUACCUCAGAACGGUUACUUACUUUCGAUUACAGAGAAUACAAGUAGAAAUAGUAAAGACUACAAAAUGAAUCCCAGUGACACGAAUGGAACAACUUUUAAACCAGUUACUCACGUUAUAUUUGAUAUGGAUGGAUUACUCUUGAAUUCUGAAGAAAGCUAUUACAAAAUAGAUCUAGCAGUAAUUGAUCAAUUUGGCAAAACAGCACCAGAUCACCUCCAACAAGAAGUAUUAGGUUUUUCGGACAUCGAUUGUGCCAAAAAAGUCGUUAAAAUUUGCGAACUACCGAUUACGCCGGAAGAAUACGUCAAAGAAACUAAAAAAUUUACUCACUUAUUGAAAGAUGUUACAUUAUUACCAGGUGCUGAAAGAUUAAUUAGACAUUUAGCUAAACAUAAUAUUCCGAUUGCGAUCGCUACAAGCAGUGGCACUAGUAGUGUAGAAGCUAAAUUACAGAACCAUCAAGAACUGUUCAGUUUAUUUCGUCACAUGGUGAUGGCAAGUAGUGAUCCUGAAGUAACUAAAGGUAAACCUCAUCCAGAUAUAUUUCAAAUUUGUGCUAGGAGGUUUCCUGAUAAUCCAGAUCCUGAAAAGUGCCUGGUCUUUGAAGACGCUCCGAGCGGUGUUACUGCAGCAAGAAAAGCUGGCAUGCAAGUUGUAUUCGUUCCAAACGAACGUUUAAAAAUCGUACAAAGAGAAAUUGCCACCUUAGUACUCAAUUCAUUGCUCGAAUUCGUACCGGAAGAAUUCGGUUUACCUCCAUUUUAAAAACGUUUCGAAAAAAUCAAUAAAAUUAUUGUGUGAAAGUAAAAAGUAAAUUGCAUUUACAACCAUCGUUUAUUUCAAU